CAAAUGAGGCUGAUACUGAAGUUACAGUUUGUUUUCUUCCAUAACAUCAUAUAUGCGCAUAUAAUUCCUCCAUUGAUUUCUUCCUUAACAGCAUAUGUGCAUUUAAUUCCUCCAUCUCUGGUAAUUUAAUUUAUGACUGCUUUGAUCCUGUUUAUUUUGGCAUGACAGUUAUGCAUUGCUGUUCCUUGCCACAUAUUUAAGUUUUGGGCAUUUAUUGGAAUCAUGUUUCAGGUAAGAGCUUUCAAAUUUCAGCUAUUACUAAGUCAGUGGACUCUUCGCCUAGAUGUGACCUAUAUUUUUCUCAUAGGAUGAAGAUCAAUGAUUAUAGUAAUUAUUUAACAUUUUUAUUUGUCAUGAUGUAGCAAGAACUAAUUGGUGAAAAUGAUAUUUGCUAAAUCUUUUCUUUUUUUACUUUCUUCCUUCUUCAAUUUUUGAAUCAGGUUCCUUUGGUCUUGAUCACAAAUUUCCUGCAAAACAAGUUCAGAAACUCAAUGGUGGGGAACAUGAUCUUCUGGUUCUUUUUCUGCAUCCUUGGCCAACCAACGUGCGUGCUUCUAUACUACCAUGAUUUAAUGAAUCGCAAAGGGAAAACCCAGUAACCUCCUUCCCGUGUAACUAUAGCGCAGAUUAGUUGGUACCUGCUUUGUCAAUUGCCACAGUUGCUGUUUGUGUUUAUUCUCUUACAAGCUAACUCAGUAACUCUUCUGGCAUCUCAUUGCUUCUGGUUGUAUUUUGUUUCCAUGUAUGAUGCCGCCUUCUGCUGAGAUAUUGCGGUCCAUUACCGAUAUGUGUUCAACUGCGAGGCAGACUCUGGUAAAUGCACAAGCAAUCUUUGUGAUUACCAAGUCACUAGCAGUGCCACAAUGAUAGUACCUGUUUUCUUUUUCUGUUAGUUUAUAAAUGAAAAUUUGUAUA